AUGUCAGUUCCUCCUUCCCUUACAACAGAAGAUUACGUAGGUAUUGAUGUUGGCACAACAUAUUGUUCAAUAGGGUAUUACGACCUAACAAGUAAUGAAGCCCGUUUAAUAGUAUUUAAUAGUUCGACAACCUAUUUGUAUAGUUCUGUUACUUUUACUUCAGAAAAGAAAGUCGUUAUAGGCAACUCAGAGAACUUCGUUAACAAUUUCUGUUACAUCAAACGUAUAAUAGGACUUCCUUACGAGAGAAUUCGAUACCCCGAAUUCUUUCCGUUUCAAAUUAAUUCAAAAGGGACGGAUGAGCCUACAAUUUCUCUCUCAAAGGGUGCUGAGGAACUUUCACCCACAGAAGUCACUGCGAUGAUCAUAAGAAAUCUCAAAACGGAGUGUGAACAAACAAUCAAGAGACAGGUGACCCGUUGCGUCGUGACGGUACCUGCCCAUUUUGAGAUGACCCAAGUUGACGCGACAAUACUAGCAGCGAAGAUGGCGGGAUUUGAAACGGUGUAUUCAGAGAAAGAGCCGAGUGCUGCUGCGUUUGCUUUUAUUAAAGAGAAACAAAUCCGAAAGGGGAAUGUGCUUGUAUUUGAUUUUGGAGGAGGGACAUUAGAUGUCACUCUGUUGAGAGGUAUAAUUGGGGAAUUCAGAGUCGACUCUACUGUUGGUGAUAUGGAUAUUGGGGGGAUUGAUAUCGACGACAUCUUGAGUGAUAUCAUAUUGAAAAAGAUAUAUAAAGAAGACCGGCAAAUGUUUAAUACGAUAAAGAGUCAUUGGGAGUCGAUGAAGUAUAAGUUAAGGAAAAUCAGUGAAAAGGCGAAGGUUGAAUUAAGUCGCAAUAGUGAGGUGGAGAUUUCUUUAACAGCGAUUGGAAUGAAUCGAAGUGUUCUAGUGACGAAAAUUGAGUUUGAAAAUAACAUGGAAAGUAUAGUUAAGAAAUGUAAGAGUAUAGUUGUCGAGUGCAUAAGUAAAAGUAAUUCCAAAAUAGAUGAGAAAGACAUUGAUAGUGUAGUAUUAGUCGGGGGGUCAUCACAGAUUCGAGUUAUAGAAGAGAUGAUAGAGAAAAUUUUUAAAGGGAAGGUAGUGAAGUCGGUGAAUAGAAGAGAUGUUGUAGCAAUUGGAGCCGUGUAUGUCGCGCAUGAAUUAUUUGGGAAGAUUACGCGAAUAAAUGAUAAUAAAACGAUUGAAAGGACAUUAAAGAUAGAGAAAGGAAGUCUUUCAAUAAUGAAUAGAACACCUUAUGAUAUCCAAACGAUGAUUUAUAAUCCUAAAAGUAAAUCAAAUGAACUCUUAAUAGUCCUUCCAAAGAACACUUUGUUUGGUGAAAAACACUAUUUAACAGGAAAAACACAUAUUAAAGGGAUGAAUACGAUAACAGUGACAAUGUAUGAAAACAAGAGAAACAUCGGGACGUUCGUGUUCGACAAAUUACCGAAGACAGAAGACAUCGAGUUCACUAAUAUAUUCUUUGUCGACAGAAAUGGAGUACUUUCAGUCGAAACUAAAGUCACAAAACCACAACAAGUCGAACUGUCGAUGAAAUCAAAAUUCACUACAAGUGCACAGAACUUAAGACUAACAGAAGAGCGAAAGAAAAUCGAGGCUUUAGUAGAUUAA